AUGAUGACCCCAAUGCGUUAUAUCGUAUUGGUUCUUGUCAUAAUCCUUAGCUUGCACUACAUCAUGAGCUUCUCGCAUGAAGAGUAUGGCAAAGCCACCUCAUUGGACCGCAUCAAGCAAUCCUGGUCUGGCCCUAAUCCCCCGUACAAAGGCGGAAUUCCGGAUGAAUACUAUAAGCCGUCCGCUCCAGUGGACCUCCCCGAUCGCAAAGCCAACGCGACCUUUGUCAUGCUCGUGCGCAACAGCGACCUCACGGGUAUCUUGGGAAGCAUGAAGCAGAUUGAGGACCGCUUCAACAGGAAAUUCCAAUACCCCUACGUCUUCCUCAAUGAGGAACCGUUUACGGACGAGUUCAAGAAGCAUAUUACUUCACUCACUGAUGCCCCUGUCGAGUUUGGUCUAAUUCCGAAUGAAGACUGGGUGCAGCCACCCCAUAUCGACGAGGAGCGUGCAACUAAGGCGAGGCAAGAGAUGGUUGACCAGGGUGUCAUUUACGGAGGUGCAUACCGCAACAUGUGUCGCUUCAAUUCGGGACUUUUCUUCAAGCAAGAACUCCUGCAGAAGUACAAGUACUACUGGAGAGUCGAGCCAGACAUCAAAAUCUUCUGUGACGUCGACUAUGAUCCUUUCCUUGUCAUGCAGGAUCAAGACAAAGUUUAUGGUUUCACCAUCUCGCUUUACGAGUAUCCUGCCACCAUUCCAACAUUAUGGGAUACCACAAGAAAAUUCAUCAAAGAGAACCCUGGUCUCAUGGCUCCCGAUAACGCCAUGGGUUUCAUCUCUGACGACGGCGGUGAAACUUACAACCGCUGCCAUUUCUGGAGCAACUUCGAGAUAGGCAGCCUUGACUUCUGGAGGGGUGAAGGUUACACGAAAUACUUUGACUACUUGGACAAGGAGGGGGGCUUCUAUUACGAGCGCUGGGGUGAUGCGCCAGUCCACAGCAUUGGUGCCGCCUUGUUCGCCAACAAGAGUCAGAUCCACUUCUUUAACGAUAUAGGGUAUCGGCACGAGCCCUUCCAACACUGUCCACAAGGCGACGUGCACGCUGCCGGCAGAUGCUGGUGCAACCCAUCAGAGAACUUCGAUUACGAGUGGUAUUCGUGUCUGAAUCGAUACGACCAGAUGUUCUAA